AUACCGAACACGGUAAACGAUAUACAUGUUGCAAUGUGUUAAGUUAUACUGAAGAAUCUAAUUGAGUUUAUCAUCGAUCAGAGACUACAAGCAAACAGAAUGAGGUUCGCCAACUUUGUAGGAAUCUUAUUGCUAUUUGAAACCUGCUUCCUCAUCGAUGCAAUCGACAAACAGAAUUAUAAUACCUUCAACAACAGCUUUCCUGUGAUAGUCAUUACCUGGGAUUAUAAAUCCGCAACGGAGAAAGCAUGGGAUGUAAUAUACAAUCAGAAGAGAAGCGCUUUGGAUGCGAUAGAGGAAGGAUGUUCCCUUUGUGAAGAGCAGAGAUGCCGCACGACUGUGGGAUUCGGUGGCAGUCCAGAUGAAUGUGGAGAAACUACGCUGGAUGCUAUUAUUAUGGACGGAGUAGCAAUGGAUGUAGGUGGAGUAGGAGGAUUACGGAACGUGAAGAACGCCAUUUCGGUCGCUCGCAAAGUACUGGAGCAUACGAAACAUUCUUUACUAGGCGGAGACCUUGCUACGGAUUUCGCUGAGAAGAUGGGAUUCAAGAAGGAGUCUCUGCAAACGGAAGAAUCCAAGAAAAUGUGGACAGAUUGGAAAGAGAACAAGUGUCAGCCCAACUUUUGGAAGAACGUCGUGCCGGAUCCAGAAACUAGUUGUGGGCCAUAUCAUGCGAGCGACAUAAAAGACGAUGAAAGCAUGCUAGUAGGAAGCGAGGAGAAUCACGAUACGAUCAGUAUACUCGCUAUAGACUCGCAGGGACGUACAGCGGCCGGUACUUCCACGAACGGCGCCAAGUACAAGAUACCUGGCCGCAUCGGGGAUUCUCCUAUUGCUGGAGCUGGCGCGUACGCCGACCAGGAGGUCGGCGCGGCAGCCGGUACCGGUGACGGAGAUAUUAUGAUGCGAUUUUUGCCGAGCUUCCUAGCGGUAGAAGAAAUGCGUUAUGGAGCACCACCGACUAUUGCUGCUAAGAAGACGAUUAGCAGAAUCGCUCAGCACUAUCCUAACUUCUUCGGUGGGGUGAUUGCGUUGAAUAUAAAGGGAGAAUAUGGAGCAGCUUGUAAUGGAAUGGCCAAAUUUCCUUAUUACGUCGCAAAUCCCAUCCUAGGCCCUAAAUUACUUUCAGUUCAAUGCAGUAAUGUACACUGUGAGAACAAAGUAUACUGUUAUUCAGAGAACGUUAUGAUGUCUUAAAUAUUAUAAGACGUCUUAUUAAAAUAUAAAAAAAGACGUCUUUGAGGUGUCUUAUGGUCCGAUUUAUCUUUGGGAUGUCUUAAAGAUGUCUUAUU